CAUGUCCCUUUCUUCAUUCUUCUUCUUCGUCUUCGUCUUCUUCACUUCCGCCAUGAGAAAAACCUGAAACCAAAUCAUCAUCUUCUGAUCUAAUGUCAUCGUCUCCGUCAAACAACACCAUCCCUUCCCUCUCAUCUCCACCCGAGCCGGAGUUUCCUUCCACCAAACCAAACACGGCACCAACUCCGCCCAUCAUCGGACCUUCUUCGCUGCCUCCGUUACCGGCGUCGAGAGUAAACGAUGAUGGAGGAUUAGGCACUGUAGCAUUAGCUGGACUUAUCACUGGAGUAGUCCUCGGAGCUACGCUUGUCCUAAUCGGAGUUUGUAUCUUUGUCUGUUUCUAUAAAAGAAGAAAGAGGAAGUUGAAGAUGAAGAAGAAGAAAGAUAUUGAAGCUUCUAUUAAUAGAGACUCACUAGAUCCCAAAGAUAGUAGCAAUAAUAUUCAGCAAUGGAGUUCAUCAGAGAUUGGACACAACUUGUUUACAUAUGAAGAUUUGUCUAAAGCAACUAGUAACUUCUCAAACACUAACCUUAUUGGACAAGGUGGGUUUGGUUAUGUUCAUAGAGGAGUUCUUGUUGAUGGAACUUUGGUUGCUAUUAAGCAGCUUAAAGCUGGAAGUGGACAAGCUCAAAGAUUGCUUGUUUAUGAGUUUGUGCCUAAUAAGACUCUCGAGUUUCAUUUGCACGAGAAAGGGAGACCGGUAAUGGAGUGGUCCAAGAGAAUGAAGAUUGCUUUAGGUGCAGCUAAAGGAUUGGCAUACUUACAUGAAGAUUGUAAUCCUAAGACAAUACACCGCGAUGUCAAGGCUGCAAAUAUUCUGAUCGAUGAUAGCUUUGAGGCGAAGUUAGCAGAUUUUGGACUCGCUAGGUCUUCUUUGGACACUGAUACUCAUGUUUCCACUCGGAUUAUGGGAACAUUCGGUUACUUGGCUCCUGAAUAUGCUUCUUCAGGGAAACUCACUGAUAAAUCAGAUGUCUUCUCAUUUGGAGUGGUGCUUCUCGAAUUGAUAACCGGACGCCGUCCUGUUGAUAAAUCACAGCCUUUUGCUGAUGAUGAUAGCAUCGUUGAUUGGGCGAAACCUCUGAUGAUACAAGUUCUAAACGAUGGCAACUUUGAUGGUCUUGUUGACCCGCGGUUAGAGAAUGACUUUGAUAUCAAUGAGAUGACGAGAAUGGUUGCUUGCGCUGCUGCUAGUGUCCGUCAUUCAGCCAAACGCCGCCCAAAAAUGAGCCAGAUAGUUCGAGCAUUCGAAGGAAACAUAUCUAUAGAUGACCUAACAGAAGGAGCUGCCCCAGGAAACAGCACUAUCUACAGCUUAGACGGGAGCUCAGAUUAUAGCUCAACACAAUACAAAGAAGACCUGAAGAAAUUCAAGAAAAUGGCACUUGAAAGCCAGACAUUUGGUAGCAGCGAAUGCAGCGGUUUGACUAGCGACAACUGUCAGAACCCAUCAGGCUCGUCUAGCAUCACUGAAGGCAAUCGUACAACGCAAGAGAUCGAACCGGAGAAGAAAACCAAUGAGACAAUAAGUUAAAAACAGAGGAUUCUUGGUAAUAUAGUUAAGUCCAGCAUUUUGGGGUAGGUUUAGGUGUAAACAAAUUAUUACGCGCUUUCACUUUUAUUUUCAUGUGUGGCUCUAAUCAACAAAACUGUCAUGA